UGUUUAGGACGUUGGACUUUUGAUCAGAAGGUCGUGAGUGCACACCCCAGCACCGCCAAGCUGCCACGACUGGGCCCUGUAUAACGCCAAAUGCAGUAAAUGUAAAUCAUUAGUCAGUCAUUACGGAAUGAAUCACUACAGAAUCAUUUGGCUUCACGACAAAUGAUUUUAAAAGUUUAACCUCUUUAUAUAUAUAUAUAUAUAUAUAUAUAUAUAUAAAAUGGAGGAUCAAUCAACUGUGGAAAUCCAGCGUAUCAUAAAGAGUCGUUCAGUAUUAAUUUACUCUCCUUCAGCAGUAAGCUCCAUCUGUGAAAAGCAGUGUUAUACAGGAAUUAUAGUCAUUAUUAUAACUGUAAAUCUUGCAUUUCAUGUGUGAGGUGGAGAAAAUGUACUGCAUCUUAAUAAAACAGUGUUCUCGAGACACGGGCAUUUACCUGGAAAUGUUACCUGAGAUCAGACUGCAUUCCUGAAGUUCUUACAGAUAUGUCAAACCGGAUGUUAAUCCCCCCCCCCCCCCCCCUUUUUUUCCCCCUCUGAUAAAUAAAGCCAUGACGUCAUUUUGUUGUUUCAUAAUGAUAUUAAUGAUAAUAAUAAUAAUGACGUUGAUUUAUAUAACACUUUAUUCUCAUGCACAGAAUGCGUUACAGAUAUAAAACGCAAACUAUUACAAGAGACAGAGUAAAGCAUGUCAAAUAUUCAGUGUCCGGUGAAAGGAAGUGUGCUUGAAGGUAAGUGUUUAUCAUUUAAAUAAUAAAGAAAAGAUUUAAAAGCGAGAAAGACAUUAAAGGUGAUGAAUCGGUAAAGGAAACAUUAAGGACGAGGAAGGAGAAAAUAUUAUUUAACAGUAAGGUUAAAGUCGACUUAAAAACCUCAGGAAAAUUUAAAAAAAAAAAAAAAAAAAGGAUGAGGAAGGACAAAAUAUUAUGUAACAACAAGAAGAAAUGCGAAUAAGAUCAAAUCCAAUGAAAAGUAAAAUAAAGAAAAGAAUACAAAUAAAAAAGGACGACAAAAUAUAGUGUGAGAAUGAUAAAAGCAACGACAACAACAACAAAAAAAGCCACACAAAUUUUUACCAAGAUAAAAUAAAAUAAAACAGAAAAACAUUUUCAAAGCAAUUUUUUUUUUCUUCAAAAAAUGAUGGAGGACAAAAUAUAUUCUAUAAAACAAAACAAACAAACAAGACACAACAAAAAUGCAAAUAAGAUCAAAUCAGAUGAAACCAAAUAAAAUAAAUAAAACAAUAAGAAUAACAACAAGGAAGGACAAAAUAAUAGGAUGUAAAAAUGUUGCUAACAACAACAACAGUUCAAUCAAAUUAAAAUAAAGCAAAUAUAUUUUUUAAUAAUAAUAAUUCCAAUUACAAAUAAGUAGACUGAAAAUGAAGCACUGUAUAUCUAAUUAAAUUAACUAUAAAUACAUUUCCACACAGAUAAACUUAUAAACUUUUUUUUAUAUUUCUUGAUAAAUCGCUGAACUUCUCUCAGAGCAUUGUUGUUAGUCUGUAACCCUAGAUUUCUGCUGUGUGACUACGUCAAGGGUUGAAUCCCGAAUGACUCCGAACUGGACAUGUAGUGCACUACUUAGGCAGUAGAUUGCGUUCUUACGCACUCUACGUAGUGCGCUCAUUCAGCGAGCGGACGCUGUAUUUGGGACACGGCCGCCGCUGUUGUUCCGAACGAGGGGCUGUUAGGCGUUGCUAAGGCCGCGUUAGCACGGACCUGGUUAUUAGCUUCGGAUUAGAGGUCGACUUUUUUUUCCCUUCCUCGAGCCGAAUUACAGACCUACCCUCUCCCACGCCCCCUUCACCCCCCCGCCCUUUUUUUUUUUUUUUUUUUUAACCUCCCCCUCAGACAGCGAGCGAUGGCUCAGGAGACGAAUCAGACGCAGGUGCCGAUGCUUUGUACCAUGGGAUGCGGCUUCUACGGAAACCCUCGUACCAACGGCAUGUGCUCGGUCUGCUAUAAGGAGCACCUGCAGAGGCAGCAGGCAGGUGGGCGGAGCAGCCCACCUGGUGAUAAAGCCGCUUCCUCACCAUCAGGGUCUCCAGGAACCCCCGCUGUAACCGUGGAGACGGACCCUGACCCCGUCUCGGAAACGGCGGCUCCAUCAGAGGAGACCAGCAGCUCAUCCGGACCGGUCACUCAGCAGAUGACGGCCAUGAGCAUCUCCCAGGACACCGCAGCCACCGACUCAGACCGGGCCGACGACGAGGAAGACGAAGCAUCGUCCAAAAGCACAGGUCCAGCCGCAGAGGCAGCGCAGGCCUCGUCAGACGGAGAUCAGACCCCCGACCAGAACAAGAAGAAGAACCGAUGCUUCACCUGCAGAAAAAAAGUCGGACUCACGGGCUUCAACUGUCGCUGCAGUAACCUGUUCUGCGCGGUCCACCGCUACUCGGACAAGCACGAUUGCCCGUACGACUACAGAGGAGCGGCGGCCGCCCAGCUCCGCAAAGAGAACCCCAUCGUGGUGGCGGAGAAGAUCCAGAAGUUAUGAGGACUGGUUAAAAGAACAAACGAACAAACAGAAAUGUGUUUGACCUGCAGAUUUUAUCAGAACGAUGGCGCCAGCGAUUUGUGAUCCGUCUCCGAUCCUCCGUGGAGCGCUGAACACGCCUGCCCUAAAACUCCACGUCUUCCCCGACUCUCUUUGAGUGACAUAUCCGCGUGCGUGUGUGUGUGUGUGCGUGUGCGUGUGCGUGUGGUUGAGAGUCAGGGGGAGCACUCGUGGGUCUGGUGGGCGCUUUUUUUUUUUUCUUUUUUUUUGGUAGGGAUAAAAUUAACGUUUCCUUUUCACGGGAUUAGUGAUGUGUGGGUGUGGUCUCUGAGAAAAGGGGGCAGGGGGUUCGUGAGGCGGAGAUUCCGUCCCUUAUUUUAAUCCUUUUUAUCAUGCGCCAUCGAUUUUAUUAGUUUCCAGAACUUCUCUUUCACUUCGAGUGAGGUGAUUUUUGUUUCUUUUCCUCUUUUCCCCUUUCCUGUUUUAAUGAGCGUAUGAAAGCGUAUCAGAGGAUCUAUAUUAAUAUAUUGUAGUUAGCUCGAAUAGUGUGAUUGCAUCCUAUUUAUUAUUAUUAUUAUUAUUAUUAUUAGUUUUUGUUGCAUUUUUCAUUUGCUCGAGUAGCGAAAAAAAGAGGGAAAACCCCCAGCUUCGUCCUUUCGAUCACACGACGCGGCCGAGCCACAGACGAGAGACUGUCCGUCAUGUCGAAGCACAACGUCAUCGCGAUGAUCCGAGCGUCCCUGACGCCUUCGCACCAGAGCGGAUUUUCUUUCUUUUCCUGACCACAAAUAUUCCUGACCACCAGCAGACCAGCGAACGCCGGACACAUCGAAACACACCGUGCUCCGAUGACGACGUCACGCAGGAAGUCGUCGCCGCUUCCAGGAAGACAGACGAGACUCGCGUUCCUGUAAGGUGAUCAGCAGCGACCCUGAACCAGGCUAAACGCAAUGGCGUCGUACGACUCCAGCGUGACGCGACGCACGGCCCGAUCCGCGUAUACGACGCGUCACAGAACGCGAUAUCGUUCUUAUUUUCCGGAACGUCGUGAAGUGAUCUCGUAAAACCACAAUUUAAAAAAAAAUACAUAUAUUUUUUCGUCUAAUGUAUAUACCCCACCGCUACUUAUCCAUAUAGUUCUAAUCCAUCGUAGAGCGUGAUGAGGUUGGCGCGCAGGCGAGGGUGAGGUAAUACUUCGUAAAACUACGUGUAUGUUUUCAAACGUAUGUAUCCAGUCCUAAUCUGCUACUCGUACCGAAGCGGAGGAAUGAAGGAUGAGUGGGGGGGGGUCUUUAUUUAUUCGAAAGGGCUGAAGUAAACGGGCGUGGUCUAGUGGGUGGGGGGAGGAGUUUGGGGCGGGCCCGGGUUGCAGGGUUUCUACAGUAUUCAUCUUUGAACGUCGUCGUUUAGUUUUCUGGUCCGCGUGUUCUCUUUUUUUUGUUUGUUUUUUUUGCAUCGCUCGUUUAUUUGUUCAUUUUUGUUUUUUUUUUAAACCUAAUCAAAGUCCCAAAGAGUUAAGGAUUAACCCCCAUAUAAAAAUAAAUAAAUAAAUCAAUCUGAUUGACAUGACCUGGCUUGCAUAAACAGAGAAGUAACGCUGGCGUACCUAAACGUGUCUCCCUUUCUCCACGUGUCCAUUCCCUCCUCUUCCGGUCUUUCACGCUUUAUCCGCCCGAGAGCCGUCCGCGAGCCUCCGAGCUUCCGUCGGCUUCCAGAAGAGUAGGAGGGUCACGGCCGCCGAUCACGCGAUGCGGGGGCGGGGGGUUUGCGUGCACGUUUUAUCGUUGACCGUUCAAACAAAACGGCCUGCGAGCACGAUUCCACAGAACCGCGUAGUCUGAUGGAGAAAUUUAAAAAAUGGACUCUUGGAUUUUUUCGAAUUUUAAAGUGAAGCAAACGCUCGUCUUUAACCUUUUAACACGCGACAGGGUUUUAAAAAUGUCCCAGUUUAACCUCAUGUUCAAACAGAAGCAUGACUCACUUUAUUUAGAUGAAUUAUGUACAGUGCGUUGCGUAAGUAUUCACCCCCUUGAACUUUUUUUUUUUUUUCUUUCUCUUUUUCUCCCCCUCCUCUCCAUGUUUUGUACUGUCACAACCUGGAACUGAAAUGGCUCUAACUGGGAUUGUGCCGUGAAUCUACGCAAAAUAGCCCGUUAAUAUUGAACUGCAGGGAAUACUUAUACAGUUCAAGUUAUUUACAAAUAAAACAUAAAGGUGAAGCAUCGGCGUGUUGGUUCUGGUUCGGCCGGUCGCCAUCAGGAGUCACGUGUUCAGUCGUCGUGUACAAUAUCUCAGGAUCUCUAGAGUGUUGGAGAACAUGCCUAAACACACAGCAAGAAAUCCAGGAGAACGUUCUGGAAAAGUAUCAAGCAAGGUUUGAUUAUUAAAAAAUAUAUAUAUAUGUCACAAGCAGCGUACAGAGUGACAAUAAAGCCAUUAUUAAUUUUUAUUUUUUUUAAUUGGCAAGAAUAUGACUGCAGCUCUGCCUAGAGAGAAUGUCCACCAAAAGGGGUCAGUAGAGAAGCAACUAAGAGACCAAAGGGAACGCUGAAGAUGAUGCCGCCGCCGCCACCGUGCUUCACAGUAGGGAUGGGACUCGGGGUGACGAGCGAUCUCGUCUUAACGCCAAGGCUGACAAAUUCACUUUUGGUCUCAUCAGACCAGAGAACCUUUUAACCUUCUUCUUCUUCUUCUCGCCACUUUUUCCCAUCAAGUCCAGCUUUGUGAUCAUCCAAAGAACAACAACUCCCAUCUGAGCUGUAGAUCUUUCCCGUUCCCCUUGGGUCGCUCUUGGCCUGCUCACUGGCUCUCGGUGGACUUGUUUCGGUAGCUCCUCCAUGGCCAGGUCUUCACGAUGCCCCGCGUUUUUAGAAAUGUUCUCUACCAGACUCCGGGUUCUCCCAGGAACAAGGUACAUCGAGAUGAUAAUCCGCGCUUUAUUUACACACGGGUCGCCUAAAUUCUCAACCAAACACGUGACUCCCGACGUUAAACCGUCUGCACCAGGACUAAUUUAGGGGACUGAUACUCGAACGUCGCCUUUUGUGAUAUAAAAUCUAGAUCAUCUUCCCCUCCGCGUGUAUAUUCCGCGCAACUUUGUGUCGAUCCACGGCGUCUCGAUCCCGAUCGAAGUCGAUUUCAGUUCCAGGAUGUAGCAGAACACAUCAUUUAAAGGGGAGGGGGGGGUGAAUACUUAGGCAUGUCAGGUUAUUCGGUGUGUUCCCACCACACGCAGUUUUAAGUGGGAUUUAGUUGCACUAAUCGUCAGAGAUUUGAACAAACGCAAGCUUCACAGCUGCUGUUAUAAAAGCUGUUCGUAAACGCGAUCAGAAUCACAAACGCUCACGUCAGCAGUCUUGAGCGGAGAGCAACGUUUAUUAGUCGGCUCAUUUGCAUAAUCCGGCACGUGAUCCGUAUAUCAGUAGGAUGUUUAAAGUUGUUUGUUUGUUUGUUUGUUUUUUUCCCCCCGAUGACGAUUACGCAAACGAUAUCUUGCAGGAUUCGUAUUUUCACAGGAGAUUGUUUUAAUAAAUAAAUAAUAAAAUAAAAAGGAAAGGACGGAAAUGAGCGAACUGAUUCGUUGUUUUUUUUUUUUUUUUUUUGUUUUUUUUAACAUUGAUGCGAUAAGUCACCGUCGUGCACCUCCGUUCAUCCUCUAACGACUCCGUGUGUCGUGUUCUGUGGAAACGUACGUUAGUCUGUCGAUCCGUCCCGUGUGUGUGUGCGUGUGUGUGCGUGUGUGUGUGUAAACGUUCUGAAAUGAUCUAGAAACUGCGAGAUACCUCAGAAACGCACGUGACGAGAGCAGUGUCUUUGCGUGUCGUCCGUCACGUUUUUUCCCCUCCCAUCCGCCGUGGCGCUCCGUUCUCUCCGUUCUUUACAGUUUCUUCACUUUCUGCAGUUUUUUUUGUGUGUGUCAGAGUCAGUACGAACACAAUAAAAUCAAAGUUUAUUUUAAA